CGUAAUGAUUAUAUAUGAUCUCACCUUGGGCAAACGUCACAGUAAGUUACGUGUGUACUGCAAACAUUUGGACAUUCCUUGCCAUUCUUAUUUUGGAUAAAGUUAUCACAAGUAAGGUGUCAUUGUGUUGAUUUAAAAUGGCAAAAAGCAACGGAGACCUUGUGAAUGAGGCCAUUGAGCUGCUGGAUAAGUUCAAUGCUGGGAAGCAGAGUUUGGAUGACUUCAUAGAAGAUGCCGUCAAGGAUCUGCAGAAUAUGGAACCUCAGCAUAGGAAGUUCAUUCUUGAUCUUGUCUCUGGAUGCACCGAGUACAAGAAGCUACUGGAGGUAGUCGUCAAUCCUUUCUAUGGCCAGGGGGGGAAACUUAUAUCCAAAUGUUAUUACAGCCAUUUUGUUGGUAAGUUGGGAAAAAAAACAUUGGUUUUGGUUUUAAAUGAAAAUGACUUACAGUUGUCGUGUUUGUGUUGCUUUUUAGUGAUAUGUUACCUCACCAUAUUCUACUUUGAGGACCUUGGACUUCAGGAAUUCAGUAACAUUGUGAAAUCUCUGGACAUUAGGAAAAUGCACAAUUUCCUGGGCUUCUUCUUUACAAACCUCACCACUUGGAUACAAGAUGAAUGGAAUUGCAUCUAUGAUAUUGCAUAUGUGAAGGACCACUGGAUUGCUCCUCUGUUAAGAAAGCGCAAUGAGAUUGAGGCCCUCAUGGAGAAGCUUGCUGCAAAAGAAUCUGAAGGGAUCCAGCCACAUAAAACUCCAUGCAAAACCACUAAGUUUGAGGCGUUCUCGUUUGUUAAGCCCAAACCGCUAUUUCCACCUAAAUCUACGCCCAGCCCUAUCGUGGAAAAAUACAAACCAAUACCAAAGAGCACUUACAACACUCCAAAAGAGAUUCAGCUGUUAGAAGUGAUCAAGCAAAGGAACCAUCAAAUGACUGAGGAGUUACUGCGCAAGAACAAUAUGACACAGUUCCGGUGUACAAAUCUGACAAAGUCUGAGCGCACACAGAGAGUGCUGUACCAGAUAAGUGAAGAGUUGGAGUCAAGGCUUAAGUUUGACUCCAUUCAUUACGUUAAACCUCCUCCUAUUAAGAACGUCAGUCCUAUCAAAGUCAACACUGCAGCUAUGCUGAGACGGCGGGCUCUGUAUGACCGCCAUAUGGAGGAAGCGCUGCAGAGAAUAGAGAGUCUGGUGCAGGGAGCACAUGAGCCCUCAGUCUUGCUUCAGAGGCAGAGAGAAAUGCGUGAGAGAGAAUUUCACGAGAGGUGGGCCAGGAUUGAUCUAAACCAUGCCGAUGCUAAUCUCAGCCAUUGGGAGGCCACUUUGGCCCGCACACAAACUGUAGAACGAAACAAGAAGGCUGCUCAGCUCAAAAAAAUCGAGGCCUCCAAACGCUGUCAGAAAAAUGCACAGAAAAAGCUGGAGGAAGUAAAAGAGAAGAAAGACCUGGUGCACAAAGUGAUAGAAAGUUACAAUAACUCCACAAAAGCUAAAGAGAGGGUGAAUAAAUUCAAGCAAAGUGCUGUAAAAGAAUUCGCCGAGCACAAUCAAGAGCUCGUUCGUCAAGCACAAGAAGAAGCCAAGGCAGCGCACAUCAAGAGGUUGGAAUUUAUAAAUGAAGUCCACACCAUGGAAUGUCUUCCUACCCAUCGAAACAACACAUUUGAUGAUACGGAGAUUGCAGGCCAUGAGCUGCUGUCAGAGAUGUCCCAUGUCGAGCUUAAGGAGCGUCUGUUUCUCACAAAGGAAGCAAAGAUGUACGAAAAGCAGGCCAAGCGACAGUACAUCCAGGAAGAGAAGCAGCGAAAGAAGACGCAGCUGUCGGAAAACAUGGACACCGUCAUCCUCCAGAGUAGGGCUAUGGCGAAGGCUGCUGCCAUCAGGAAAGAGGGAGAGAAACAAGCCAAGCUCCGAUUGCAGAGGGUCGCUACUCAGGACAAGAAGGUCUUGGCCUUGCAGAAGAAACUUGAAGAGGUGAAGAAAGAGUGCCAGAAACUAAAGCAAAGUGAAAGCAACGUUAAUAAAUCCCCAAAGCAGGCAGCAUCACACACAGUUGAGACCCACAACGAAGAUGGAAUGCAGAAAAUGAAUUGGGAGGACUUGGAGAAGCGUUUAGAGCAGUACAUCGGGGGGAAAGACUCCCAAAGAUAAUAUUACUCAGUGGUGCAGAGAUAUAUACUUAUCAAUAAGUUUGUUAUUGUGGUUGCAGUGUAAAACUGCACUACUGAAUAAGUGCUUAAGCAGCAUGUUUGAUGGAGAUAUUUCAUCAGUGUUACCCAUUAAUGCAUUUAUUUAUGAUGGAUUUAUUUAUGAUGGCUCGUCACGUGCGACCUGUUCACUUUUGUUCAUAACCGCAUUAUAACGUACUUGGUCUGCCAGAGAAUAUGAGGGUGGCGCUGGUGGUAUAGGUGACCGUGUCACUAUAUUAAGCCCGUUUAGCGCUCUCGAGAUACUGGUUUAGAUACCGGUACUGUUUUUUUUUUUUUAUAAAGCGACUAGCACUGAAUCUAGUGAAGAUUUUUUGGGCAUGAAAGUUGACCACUGCUAGUUGUUCUUUUCAACAAGCAGAGAGUUAUGCUGUUGGCCCCUCCCCCUCUAAAAGAACAACACAAAUGUGUUUCACAUGUUUUUACUCAUAUUUUGCUAAUGCGUCAUGGCUAAUUAGCAAACUAUGAACCGUUGGGAAGGACAGCACCUUUUACCAUCAUCACCCAACCUGGCAUUGUAGGAUCGUGGCAUUGUUUUCCUCUUUCUCAAGCUCAUCAAGACAUGGACAAUGACAAGAUGGCCACGAAGUGGAUCCCAGAAGAAUUCCUGCAGGAGUGCAUGAAGGCUUGGCAGCAAAGCCUGGGAAAAUGCAUCAGACUGCUAAGGGAUUUAUAGUUUGGCUGUAAAAUACAGUGUAGCAUUUUGUAACACCAAUCCUGGAUUUUUCUAAACCUAUAAACCUCAUAUGAUAUAAUUUAAUAAAAGAAGGGGCCAUUACCAACAGUUUUGUGGACAUUUGACAGUGCUUAUUAAGCUAUGUUUUAGAACAGGGGUGUCCAAAGUGUGGUCCAGAGGCAAUUUUUGCCUCGCACCUCAGUUUUUAUUAGCCCAGAGCACAUUCUAAGGACAAACACGUUGAGGAUUAGAAUUUAAAAACAAAUUAAACAUUCGAUGUCCAGCAACUUUUUGCAU